AUGACCCAAGGACGGGGAAGACCAGAAACGACCCAGUUGCUAAGAGCAAAACUGGGAUUCAGAGAUGAUAUGCUAUGGAAGAGGUUCUGCGCACGUCGGCUCGAGCUGAUCCACUCGCUCAGCCUCAGUUCACGAAAGGCGUCCGAGCAGGAGGAACCAGUCCACUUUGUGGCAAGAAAGCUUUGCAGUGAGUAUGGAUAUAACCCGGAGAGUGUAUUACCGGAUUUCGAAAAAUUGGUUCGUGCCGGAAUUCAAUCGGUCAGACGCAACCAACGCAGAUUCACUCGCGGCACCAACAAGGACGGCAAGCCAUUGCUCGUAAAAGGUGCUGGCGCUGGCGAAGAGUCCGUUGAGGGAUCUCCUGGGUCGCCCGGGUCUAGUGAUAUGGCGUCCGCCGGCAAGCCCACGGGCAUUGUUGCCGCCCUCCAAGAGCUUCGGGCGUACAUUAUGCCGCUCAUGGUUUCAAAUAGCUCGAUCACGCCCGCGACGCCGAUGAUCCGCGAGGGCUUCUUUCAACUUACUGUCGGUGCAACCUGUGCCGCGAAUGGCCUUGACAAUUUUGCCCCAAUUCUUUACGAUGCCAUUUUGGGCGAACUUGGCGAUGCCAUGGUAAGGUUUUUUAACGUUAGCCAACGUAAAGUUUUGGCGCCACUCUUAGCAAACGCCGUUGUUCUCCAUGGAACCGAGGUCGCGUUUGCCUUCCAAAGCGUGUUAUCGGAGCUGGUCCUGGCCGCCGGCGCCGAUGUCAAUGAAAUGAUCGAGGUGUUAAACCGGCUGGAGCUACCUUCCGUCUUACCGCCAAUCCGGACAAAUUUUCGCAGAGAAAACAAUCCCGCCUACUCGCCUGAAAACAGCGGAGACACAUCUUUGUCGCCACAACCCGCCACACCGAACUCGCUGCAAGUGUCACCGGUCGUCCGCCCCACAUCGACCAACGGCGUGGCAGGCAACUCUGAUACCGCACCCCAGGUGCAACCUUUGAAUGCUACUGCAACACCGAUGCUGGCGUCGGAAUCCCAACAACCGCUUUCUUCACCCCCCAAGAUAUCGGCGCUUCUGGACUCUUCCUCAGCAGGGAUCGCCCGGUCGUCGAACCUGGGGCCGUUCGCGACCACGCCCUCUCAGCCAGGUACACCAGUCAUCAAACCCGAGCAGGAGCAGCUCAAUGCCGCGGCCACUCUGGCCAGUGGAUUCUCCAUGACCAUGCCACAGCAGCAGCCGUCCGCGGCUCCCCAUGCACCACCGCCACAGCCGCUCAUGCCUAUUAUGAACACCCCUUCAGCACCCCCUCCGAUGCUGCCGAGCCUGUCCAGCUUGCCCAUCCGCGGACAGUGGGGGGCAAUGCCAACCAUGUUUGAGCGGAGAGUUACUAUUUACUACAACGGGCGACACCUUAGCCUAAUCUAUUCCCCUCUCAAAAACACCCCGCCAACCAUCUCGGAACUCAUCGAGCACUCUCGCAAAACAUUUACAAUAGCACCCGACGCAGUUGUGCGUGUCCGCGAUUUAUUGAGUAAACGCAUUUUGGAAACCCAGCAGGACCUACUCGAUGUGUUCUCCCAGCAGGUGGUCGACCUAGAGCUCUUCCUGCCUCCACCAAUGCUGAUGGUCGCUCCCCCGCCCUCAAACGAAACACCGCGUUUCACCCCUUUAGCACCUGUCUUAGUACGCUCAGAUCAAAAGCCUGCCUAA